AUGCCCCGAAGAAGACAAGGGCGAGGUGGACUCUAUGCUGUUGCACAUCGCAUUUCAGAGAAGGCCAUGAAGCAGCCUGGCAUUGCCGGAAGUCAGCUUAAGGGCCCGCAAUGGAUGGUCAAGCUCAAUGGUAUCCUUGCAGACGAGAUGCAUCUCACACGAUCGCAGGGUCUCGGUAAAACAAUCCAAACCAUCUCGCUGGUUACGGUUACCUUCUUCAUCAAGGCGAAGAGACAACGCGGUCCUUAUCUCGUCAUUGCGCCUCGGCCCUCUGGCGACAAUGAUGAACUGGUCUGGCGAAUUCGCAAAGGCAACCCUGCGCAAUGUCGCAACCUUCAAGGUGACCUGCGGAUGGGCCAGUUCCAGGUUCUGCUCACUACACACGAGUACAUCAUCGAAAACCGGCCUAUCGUCUCAACGAGGGACAUGACUGACUCGCCAUCGCAUGAAGAACACCCAGUCAAAGUUCUCGCAGACGCUCACGCGAUACUACCAUUCCCGCUACCGUCUCAUCCUCACCGGCCCUUCUCCGUCAACUUUAUCCUUCCCAAGAUAUUCAGUCUGAAAUCAUUCGAUGAAUGGUUCAACACACCAUUCGCGAACUCGGGUACAAGGAACAAGAUCGAGUUGAACGAAGAAGAGGCACUGUCCAUCAUCCGGCAGUUGCAUAAGGUGUUGCGGCCGUUAUUGUUGAGAAGGUUGAAGAAAGACGUAGAGAGCGAACUUCCGAAUAAGAUGGAAAUUAUCGAAGUCCGCAUAAGCGCCCUGCAGAGUCAGCUAUAUAGGCAGAUGAAGAAGCACAAGAUGAUCGCCAAUGGAAAGAAUACGAAGGGGAAAUCUGGAGUUGCGCAAGAUCUGUUAACGUUCGAGAGCGCCGAGGGCAAGGAUUAUCCCGAUUAUUAUCAGUUGAUCGCACAUCCCAUUGCCUUGUCCACACUUCGAAAGCGGGGUAACACUGGAUAUUACAAAAGCAUCACGCACCACAAAGAGGACUGGAAGCUCAUGUUCAACAACGCACGGAUAUAUGGCCAGGAGGGUUCGUGGGUGUACAUAGACGCUGAGGAGAUGGAGAAAGUGUUCCAUAACAUUGUGGAGAGAGUUACUGCUGUGACGGGGCUACCUAGCGCCUCGCCAGUUCUAGUGAACCCUCGAGAGUACUCAGCACUCAGGCUCACUCCAGAGUAA